UGACACCGUAUCUCUAGGGAGCACGGGCUCCUCUGCGACGUCGUCUUUGGUCGCCACCUCUCCAUCGCCUUGCCUCCUCUGCUCCUUUGGCUCCCUCUCUCGGAGUGAAAACUGCCGAUAUAGCUCUCCGCCGAGCAGCUGCGUGUUGGUUCUCCGUCGCGUUCCGGUUGCUGCUGCUGCUGUAGUUUUCAUUUGGCUAUGUUGGUGCGUUGCGGAUUCUCCUGCAAGUCUGCGAGUUGAUUGAUCCUUGGCGUCUAGGGUUUCGGAGCUCGAAAUGGCAGAUAAUCCGAGAGGGAGGGUAACUAUCACUCUCGGGCGCACUGGCCAGGUAGUGAAGAGGCCUGCAAGUGUAUCAAACGAUUUGGUUGAUCCUAUGCCUUCUGCUGGGAGCAAGCGCUCCAUCAGAGAUAGGCUUGGUAGUAACGGAGAUGCUUCCUUGGCACACAGAAGCCAAAUGAGCAGUAAACGUCAACGUGGAGAUACUGCGAUGCUGAACCGGAGUUCCAAUGGUUUAGAUGAUGCUCGUAUUGAUAAAGGUGACCUCCGGUAUAUGCUGAUGCAAAAGAAUGUCCGGAGACGAGCUGAAAGUGAUGAGGAAAGGAAGGUAGCUGACCUUCGUGAGAAGCUGGUAAAGACAGCUUAUCCCCCAGCAUCUACUCCUGACGCACGGCAGCGCAUGCCUGAAAGGAAGGAAAAUGGUUACCAAAUGGGUCACUCUAGAAUGCCUCCGGCACGAAGUGCUAAUGAUUUGUCUCAGUCAGAUCGUAUGAGAAGCCCUUACUCUCCUUGGUCCAUGGAACAUUUAAGACGAAGAUCCCCCGAAAGAUAUGUAAGUAGCUCUAGGCCCCGUUCCCCGCAAAGGAAUAUGGAAGAAAUGCAGAGAAGACCAGUCACGAGGACACCAGAUGAUGUCAGGUCUGUUCCCUAUGCGAGAAGAGAUGUUCUUGAUCCCCCUAGACCGAUGAGUACAGCCUACGUGGCAAAUUCCAAACAUCCUGCCGCAACUGCGAGGCCUUCACCACAUUUGGCACAAAAUCCUCCUCCAAGUGGGAGCUUACCGAGAAGUUCACUCAGGAUUGAGGAACACCAAACUGUUGAUGGGUUGUUAAAUGCAUUAGAGUUGGGAAAGUAUGCCAUUAUUUUCAAGGCCGAGGAAGUGGACAUGGCAGCAUUAAAGCAGAUGGGAGAACACGACCUUAAAGAGCUCGGAAUUCCAAUGGGUCCAAGGAAGAAGAUUCUUCAAGCGAUCACACCUCGGCCGAAACGGCAACACUGAGGGCUCCUAUCCUUCAACUGAACUCAUCUUUUCUAUUUUUUUGACCGUUGGGAAGGACAAGGGAGCCCCAUUGUAGACAAUACAGUUACCUGGCAGAAUCAGUGUGUAUCUCAGGUUGGAUUAGAGGAUGGCCCGAGAAGCCAUAUGGUAGAGAACGAAGAUUUGUUUAGCUUUUACUUUUGGUAUGUUGAGUGAUGGUUGGUUAAUGGAACGGGAGGUUGGCUUCUUCUGGGCAGAAAUUUUGGGAUGUAAAAACCGUUUUCCCAGCUUAAAUUCUUUCACAAAAAUUUUAAGUGGAUA